UAAAUAAAUAUGUUAGGAAAAAUAAAACGAAUUCCAAAAGUCCCCAUAGUCAAGACCACAAGCUCCUAACCAAACCAAACUAUCCAUUACUUCACCUUAUGAGAAGCUGUAGCUACUUCUCCUAUCAAUGGCAAUAUCUUCGCUUUCUUUGAGCUGGGUUUCAACAAUCUUAUCCCAAAAGUUAAAUGCCCCUUCCUUAUAUGAAUUGCCUCGGGCCAUUUCAUUAGCUGGUAACAACUCUGUUACGUGCACUGCAGAAGCAACCUUAACUGGAGAAAGCAAGUGCAGGAGACAAUUGUUACUAUUGGGAGUUGGAGCACUGACAACAAGUUUACUCCCAGCAAAGCCCCUUCUUGCUGAAGAGGUACCAAAGAACUAUAAAGCUUUUGUUGACUCAAAAGAUGGAUAUUCAUAUUACUACCCCUCAGAUUGGAUAGAUUUUGAUUUCAGGGCUCAUGAUUCUGCCUUUAAGGACAAAAUCCUGCAAUUGCAGAAUGUUAGAGUGAGAUUUAUACCGACUGAUAAAAAAGAUAUUCAUGAUUUGGGACCAAUGGAACAGGUUAUAUCCGAUUUAGUGAAACAUAAGUAUGCUGCACCAAAUCAAGUUGCAACUAUAUUUGGCAUGCAAGAGAGAUCUGAAGAUGGGAAAAACUAUUACACUGUUGAAUAUCAGCUUACAUCUCCAAACUUCUCGACUACUUCGUUUGCAACCAUAGGAAUUGGCAAUGGACUUGUAACCCUUGUUCCAUAUAAAUGAAUUUGACAUUGUAAAACAAGCCUUGAUUGCGCUUCUGUACAGGGAGAUAUUACACUCUGGUUGUGGUAGCAAAUGAAAGACGGUGGAAAAGAUUUCGCGACAGGCUCAAAGUAGUCGCUGACUCUUUCAAGAUACUUGAUAUCUAAAUAAGAGUGCUUGCAUUGGUCUGUAUAUAGUACACUUGGUAGAAAAUUUUUUGUUAUCAUCACCUCAUCUUUCCUUCUUUAUUUUCACAUCCCUUGACACAGAUUGUAUCAUCCUUCUUGUGUUGCUGCCACAUUUAUGCAUCUGGGAAUAUCACAUUACAUGGUUUAUCUCGUCC